GAUGGCGGCGCCCUUAGCAGCGGAGUUGGAGCGUCUCCUCAACCCGCUGCCCCGCGCCCAGCCUGACCCGGAGGACGACCCCGAGGAGGCUACGGCAGCCAAAGUGAUCGACAAAUUUGACGAAGGCAACCUCGAUGAAGACGUCCUUUCUGUUGGUCAAAUACGGAAAGGAAUUGCCUCUCGGCUUUUGGAUGCUGAUAAGCGGUACCAGGGAAAAGCCACAACCCGCAAAGCCUUAGAAGAAGAGUUGUGGGGCGCAGCUGAGCUCCCAGAUGAAGAAACAUCAGAUGAAGAGACAGGUGAAGGUGAUUUUGACAGUGAAACUCUGGCUGAAGAUGAGAGUCCAGAAACAGAGGAGGAAGAGGAAGAGGAAGAGGAGGAGGCAGCCAGUGAUGCUGAAGAAGAGACAAAGCUGUCCAACCAGCUGAAAAAAGCAGCCUUCAGUUUCCAGGCCAUUGACGAUUUUGAGAAGUUUGCUGAAGGGAUGGAUGAGCUUGGGAGCGAGGAAGAAGAAGAAGAAGAAGAACAGGAAGGAGAAGACUACGAAGGUGAAAGUGACUCACAGGAGAGGGAGGAGAAAAUGGCCGAUCGUGAUAUGGAUCCAGAAGGUGGCAUCCUCUUGACUCGCUCUCACGGCGAAGCAGCAAAAGAAGUGGCAAAGGGAAAAGCGGUGAAAAACCAAAUAGCCCUGUGGGAUCAACUCCUGGAAAGCCGAAUCAAGCUGCAGAAGGCCCUCUUAAUAGCCAACCAACUUCCCCAGCCGGAUACCUUCCCUGAAUUCAAGAAAAAAGGAGGGCAGGAAUAUUCUAACGUGCUCAAGAACAGUUACAAAGCGUUAAAGGCUUUGCUGAGAAGCUUGGUGGAUCUUCAGGAUGAGCUGUGGCACCAGAACUCGGGGACCAGACAUUUGGUAGCAGGAGAAAAGAAAAAGGAGAGCGAUGAAGAGAUCUCAAGUGGCAGCGAUGAAGCUGAGGAAGGGAAGAGGGCUGUGCGGAGGCUGCCCAAACGGAAGCUGGAGAUGGAGGACUACCCCGAAUUCGCAUCCAAGAGGUUUGCGGAGUUUCGGGUCUACAGAAACAACACCCUACAGAAGUGGCACGACAGGACCAAACUGGCUUCUGGCAAACUGGGCAAGGGCUUUGGCGCCUUUGAGCGAUCCAUCUUGACCCAAGUAGAUCACAUCCUGAUGGACAAAGAGAGGUUACUCCGUCGGACCCAGACCAAGAGGUCAGCAUACAGGGUGCUGGGAAAAACCCCUUCGGAUGCUGAGGUGCUUCCAGAAACCGAACUGGACGAGACGGAGACGCUUCCUCCAGCAAUGUCAAAUGCCCACCUCAAAGACCUGGACGAGGAGAUCUUCGAUGACGAUGACUUUUAUCACCAGCUUCUCCGGGAACUUAUUGAACGCAAAACCACUUCCUUGGAUCCCAACGACCAAGUGGCGAUGGGCAGACAAUGGUUGGCUAUCCAGAAGUUGAGGAGUAAAAUUCGGAAGAAAGUAGACACCAAGGCCAGUAAAGGAAGGAAAAUCCGGUAUCAUGUCCACAGCAAGCUGGUGAGCUUCAUGGCACCCAUUGACCACUGCACAAUGAAUGAUGAUGCCAGGACAGAACUGUAUCGGUCACUGUUUGGCAAGCAGACCCACCUGAAAGAAGGACACCAAACCUAGCGGUCCAUAGGACACCUUGGGAGGUUCUGGAAUGUGGGAGACGUUCUCAUGUUUGGACAGUCCCACCACCCCGUAGGCCUCGCUAAGGGGAGCCAAGAUGGCAGCCAUCCAUUUGAUGGAGAAGAACCUUAAGGAAGCUGCCAUCCAGGGUCUGUCACUGGGACACAGGACAACGUUUUUGUCCUACUCUCCCCUUCCCCCGCUCUUUUUCUUAACUUCCCUCAAGAUGUCAAUUCCAUCAGGCUGUUUCCUGCGGGACCUUCAAGGACGCAAUGAGCACGAAGUCAGCUUGGCCUUUCCUCGUCAUUCUGGCAGGGCAGCACUAUUGCCAAAGGUCACCACUGUCACUGCAUAUACCCCAUUUC